AUGGCGGCCCUUGCGACACCGCUGUUUCGUAGUCGAUCUUCCUCGGCUGUCCCUGUCUCCGUGGUAGGCUGUUGGCGUCUGUUGUCUCACUGCUGGACUCGGACUCGGACUCGGACCGCAACGUCCUGCCGAAGCUUGAGUGAUAGAACCGGGGAGAAAAACACUCAUUUCGGCUUCGAAACUGUCCCGGAGGCCGAAAAGGCUAAGAAAGUUUACAAGGUGUUUGAGAACGUGGCUCAGAAGUACGACGUGAUGAAUGACGCCAUGAGCCUGGGCAUCCAUCGUCUGUGGAAAGAUGCGCUGCUGCACGUCAUACACCCCCAGCCGGGGGCGUGUCUCUUGGAUGUGGCUGGUGGAACAGGUGACAUCGCCCUCCGAUUUCUAGACUAUGUGGAUUCACAAAAAGAGCGUCAGGCGCACACGCCAGCGCGGCAGCCCCUUUCUGGCGACGACAAAGGUGGAGUGCAGACAUCCAGAGCGGUGGUCUGUGACAUCAACAGAGAGAUGUUGAAAGUGGGCAAGGAGAAAGCCCGGCACAGGAGCGUCAGUGCUAAUCUUUCGUGGGUGGUGGGGGACGCGGAGGAGCUACCGUUCGACGAUCAGCAGUUUGACAUUUACACCGUGGCCUUCGGCAUUCGGAACGUCACACGGAUUGAACUGGCCCUUCAAGAGGCGCAUCGAGUCCUGAAACCAGGCGGCAGGUUCGUGUGUCUGGAGUUCAGCAAGGUGACCCAUCCGCUCUUGGCCAGUCUUUACGACGCAUACAGCUUUCAGGUGAUCCCGGUUUUGGGCGAAGUGAUUGCCGGCGACUGGAAGUCAUACCAGUACCUGGUAGAAAGCAUCCGCAAGUUUCCCGCUCAGGAGGAAUUUAAGGACAUGAUGGAAGAUGCGGGUUUGUGCUGCGUACGCUACCACAACCUAACCGGUGGCGUGGUCGCCCUUCACUCAGGUUUUAAACUGUAA